CAACUAUCUUCACGGUCAGGUACUAGGCCUAUGUGGUUAGUUUUUGUUCUGCUGUAUGCUGUUGAUAAGGUGUCCUCUAGAAAUGGGUGGCUGGAGACUGGAAUCAGCGAAGAUGGUGAUUUACAUUUUCUUUCCUGUAGCAACCUUUUACUAUUUUAAUCAAACGGAAUAUUUUGAAGAAAAAGUCAGUCGAAAAAUAAGACAAUUGUAUCCUCCAGAAUGUAAAAUGCAGAGAAAAGAAUUGGAAGCUAUGAAAAAUAAGAUACAAAACAAACACUAUGAGAAAAUGAGGGAAGAAGAGGAAAAUUAUUUAAAAAAUAAAGACAGAAGUGCAGUUACAAGUUCAUGAAUGUUGAAGGAAUUUGGUUUUCAUGUGGACUAUUGUAACUUGUUGGUUGUUUUUCUAUAGAAAUUGCAGUACUAUACUUGAAUUUGAAUUUAAAUGAAAAUGGAUGGUGGUUACAGUAUACAUUUACAUUGGGCAGAUUUGUCAAAGCAGCAACAAAAGGACACUUAUCUCUGCACAGUGACAUAGUGCAUGCGUACAGCCCUUUGAUCUUAUCCCUGACAUUGAUACUCCAAUACUAGAUGCAAGUACAGCCAGCAAUUAUUAGUCUAUGCGUACUUUUUUUUCUGGUGUUAUUAUUUUUAAAAAUUAAAUUGGGGCAUAUGUUGCUUCUGAUUUCUUUCGACCAAAAU